CAAAAGUUACACAUGGCAUCAUGAUAUCACCUUACCAUCAACACAGAGAGCAAAGCCACACAGUUUGUGGAGGAAGAAUGGCAAUACAUGCAGAGAUUUACACAUAGUAGUGUUGUUUCUUCGUUUGAGGGAGAGAAUUUAGUGUAGGUUAUGGAAAUUGAUGAUUGAUGAAUGAGAUGUCGACCUCAGAACAAAGAUCGGUUGAGGUCGUUAAAGCCAUCAAUGGCCUCGAAAAGGUUGUUCUUCGUGAAAUCCAUGGCAGCAGUGUCGAGGUAUAUUUCUAUGGGGCUCAUGUGACAUCUUGGAAAAAUGAGCAUGGAGAAGAGUUGCUUUUUCUCAGUAGUAAGGCAAUCUUUAAGCCUCCAAAACCAAUUCGUGGGGGUAUUCCUAUAUGUUUCCCUCAAUUUUCAAAUCUAGGCUCUCUUGAAGCACAUGGAUUUGCUCGAAACAGAUUAUGGACCUUUGACGAUAACCCCCCUCCUUUCCCAGCUGAUGCUACCAAUAAAAUUUUUAUUGAUUUGAUUCUUAGGCCCACUAAAGAGGAUCUGAAAUUGUGGCCUCACAGCUUUGAGUAUCGGUUGCGGAUUACUUUGGGUCCUCGAGCAGAUUUGAUGUUGACAUCUCGGAUAAGAAAUACUAGCACUGAUGGAAAGCCAUUUACAUUUACAUUUGCCUAUCACACAUAUUUUUCAGUUUCGGAUAUCAGUGAAGUUCGGGUCGAAGGAUUGGAAACAUUGGAUUAUCUUGACAACUGCCAGAAAAGGGAGCGAUUUACAGAACAAGGAGAUUCAAUCACAUUUGAAUCUGAAGUUGACAAGAUUUAUCUCAGCACACCAACCAAAAUUACAAUUAUGGAUCAUGAAAAGAAACGAACAUUUUCCAUCCGGAAAGAUGGGCUUCCAGAUGCUGUGGUAUGGAAUCCAUGGGAUAAGAAGGCAAGGACGAUGGCCGAUUUCGGAGAUGAUGAGUACAAGCAUAUGCUCUGUGUGGAGGCUGCAGCAGUGGAGAAACCCAUUACGUUAAAGCCAGGUGAGGAAUGGAGAGGAAGGCAGGAACUUUCAACUGUUCCUUCGAGCAGCAAGCAGCUUGACUCUUAAGAAAGUUGUCCAGAGUGGUUGAAGAAAAUAGGCUGAUUGCCUAUGUUAUGUACAGUGCAGGUGUGAUUUGUGCCGAAAGAAAGGCUCCUUUUCGUGGUAUAAAUUCAUUCAUUGGACUCGUUUGAACAUUGUCGUCAAAAUUAUUGCUUUUUCAUCAGUGGAAAUGGACAAUAAGAGGCAUAUGUACAAUUGAAGUUGAUGGUAUGUGCUUUCAAUGGGAAGAAAACAAAAAGGUAAGCUUCUAUUGUAGAUGCCAAUUAGACCAUGGUUUAUGGCCGGAUGUUAGUCGGUCAUUGUAUGACUGUUAUACCUAUAUGAAAUGGGAUAGGCUAUUCAAUCAAAUGUAUAUCGGAUAUGCAUGGUUGUUCGAUCAUUUGAUGAACUGUGAGAAGCAUACUUUUUGCAUCUAUGGACGAAAUAUAUGGUUUUUGGGGCU